AUGAAACCCAUCGCAGUCAACGAAAUGGUUAUUGACACUCGCUUGCUCUGCACAACGAACUUCACAGAAUCGGCCGCAACCUCGACAUCGCGCCACUUCUUCAAGUGCGUUGGCCCUCUGCGGUGGAAAGCCGACGAAGAUAUGUACGAAGUGCUCACACAGCGCGAAGCCGAACGAUACCUGGAGGAGGGUGUGCAGUUGCUGCAUCUUCAUGUGCAUGCCACGGCGCCUGUCACUGCAUUGCUGAGCGUGUACAACGGAUUCUCGUCCCUCGGAGAUGAGAAACGUCGCCACUUUGUGGUGAGUUGCAGGGACAAGUCGGCUCUUGGAGCUCUAUGCCAUGUGAUAAAUUAG